AGAGGACGUGUCCCUGGCGCGCGUCGGCCGGAAGCGGACCCCGGUGGGAGCAGCCGCCAUGGAGGAGGCCGCGGCGCACAACGGCAGCGCCGCCGGGGCCGGCGCCGGGGCCGGGUCCCCUCCGGCCGCCCGGCCGCCCGCCACCCCCGAGGGCAUGGCGCUGGCCUACGGCAGCCUCGUCCUCAUGGCGCUGCUGCCCAUCUUCUUCGGGGCGCUGCGCUCCGUCAGCUGCGCCAAGAGCAAGAACUCCUCAGAGAUGCCGGAGACCAUUACCAGCCGAGACGCUGCUCGUUUUCCCAUUGUUGCCAGUUGCACCCUUCUGGGGCUCUACCUCUUCUUUAAAAUAUUUUCUCAAGAGUACAUCAAUCUUCUGCUUUCCAUGUAUUUCUUUGUGCUGGGGAUCCUAGCCCUGUCCCACACCAUCAGCCCCAUGAUGAACAGAUUCUUCCCUGCAAACUUCCCCAACAAACAAUACCAGCUCCUCUUCACCCAGGGCUCUGGGGAGAGCAAGGAGGAAAUAGUGAAUUACGAGUUUGACACCAAGGAUCUCGUAUGCCUGGCCCUGAGCAGUGUUGUAGGGGUGUGGUAUCUGCUGAGAAAGCACUGGAUUGCCAACAAUCUCUUUGGGCUGGCAUUCUCCCUCAACGGGGUGGAGCUGCUGCACUUGAACAACGUCAGCACUGGCUGCAUCUUGCUUGGGGGCCUCUUCAUCUACGACGUCUUCUGGGUCUUUGGCACCAAUGUGAUGGUGACAGUUGCCAAAUCGUUUGAGGCCCCAAUAAAACUGGUUUUCCCUCAGGACCUGCUGGAGAAGGGGCUGGAGGCUGACAACUUUGCCAUGCUGGGUCUGGGAGACAUUGUCAUUCCAGGGAUCUUCAUUGCCUUGCUGCUGCGGUUUGACAUCAGCUUGAAGAAGAACACGCACACGUAUUUCUACACCAGCUUUGUGGCCUACAUCUUCGGGCUGGGCCUGACCAUAUUCAUCAUGCAUAUCUUCAAGCACGCCCAGCCUGCUCUUCUGUACCUGGUCCCGGCAUGCAUUGGAUUCCCACUUCUUGUGGCCUUGGCAAAGGGAGAAGUAACUGAAAUGUUCAGCUAUGAAUCCUCUGCUGAAAUCUUGCCACACACACCAAGACUUACCCACUUCCCCACCGUGUCCGGCUCGCCGGCCAGCCUUGCUGAUUCCAUGCAGCAGAAACUGUCCUGUCCCCGCCGACGCCGGCAGCAAAGCCCUAGUGCCAUGUAGCAAUCACACACGGUGCCCUUUCUCUGUCUGUCGCUCUGGCCAGCUACGAGGAGAGCUCUACCCCCAAGGAGGUGCCAGGGGCCUCCAAAGAAGAAAGGACAGAAGCUGCCAAGAAGGAGAACUGACCUUGCCCACUGGCAGUGCCUGGUGCUGCUGGGCUGGGGCCCUUCCAGACCCUCCGC